GCGGCCGGGGCGCGGGUGCUGGGCGCCGCGGGUUCCGGGCUGGAGAGGGGGGAUCCGGGGUGCAGGCCGCGGAGUCGGCGCUGGGGGGGACCCCGGGGCGCCCCCGGGCGGCGGAAGGCGGGCGCGCCCCUGGCGAGGCCGGGAUCGGGGCGGGGCGCGCAGCCUCCCCGCGGGGGGAGCGGUCACCCGGCCUCGCCGCCGCCGCUGCCAAAGUUUCCCGGAGGAGCCGCGGGCCGCCCUUCCUUUCGGGCCCAGCGCGCGGCCUCCCCUCCGGCCAGCACCGCUCCGGGGCGCCGGGCCCGGCUCCACUGAGCGCAACUCGGAUCUCAACUUGGGAGGCGCCGCGGGCCUGCGCACGCGCGCGCCCUCCCCGCCUCCGCCUCCGCCGCCGCCGCCGCCCACUCGGGAGCAGCUCCCGGCCGAGCCCGGUGCCCAGACCGCUGCCCCGUGCACCCCGCGCACCCCGCGCCGCCGCCCGUGCCCGCGCCCGCCGCCCGCCGCUCGCUGCGCCCUAGCCCCCGCGCCCGCUGAGCGCGCCCGCCCGCGGCCCAGGCUGGGCCCGGCCGGCGCGGCCCUCGACAGCGGCAAGUUUAGGAGUUGCACGAGUUUGCGGGGCGGGGGACAGGCCGGGAGGGCGGCCAUGGAGGAGGAGCGGGGGUCGGCGCUGGCGGCCGAGUCGGCGCUGGAGAAGAACGUGGCAGAGCUGACCGUCAUGGACGUGUACGACAUCGCGUCUCUCGUGGGCCACGAGUUCGAGCGGGUCAUCGACCAGCACGGCUGCGAGGCCAUCGCGCGCCUCAUGCCCAAGGUCGUGCGCGUCCUGGAGAUUUUGGAGGUGCUGGUCAGCCGCCACCACGUCGCGCCCGAGCUGGACGAGCUGCGCCUGGAGCUGGAUCGCCUGCGCCUGGAGAGGAUGGACCGCAUCGAGAAGGAGCGCAAGCACCAGAAGGAGCUGGAGCUGGUGGAGGAUGUGUGGCGAGGGGAGGCUCAGGACCUCCUCUCCCAGAUCGCCCAGCUGCAGGAGGAGAACAAGCAGCUUAUGACCAACCUCUCCCACAAGGACGUCAACUUCUCAGAGGAGGAGUUCCAGAAGCAUGAGGGCAUGUCAGAGCGGGAGCGGCAGGUGAUGAAGAAGCUGAAGGAGGUGGUGGACAAACAACGUGACGAGAUCCGCGCCAAGGACAGGGAGCUCGGCCUGAAAAAUGAGGACGUGGAGGCUUUACAGCAGCAGCAGACGCGGCUGAUGAAGAUCAACCAUGACCUUCGGCACCGGGUCACGGUGGUGGAGGCCCAGGGGAAAGCCCUGAUCGAACAGAAGGUGGAGCUGGAGGCAGACCUGCAAACCAAGGAGCAAGAGAUGGGCAGCCUGCGGGCAGAGCUGGGGAAGCUGCGAGAGAGGCUGCAGGGGGAGCACGGCCAGAACGGGGAGGAGCCUGAGACAGAGCCGGUUGGAGAGGAAAGCAUCUCUGAUGCGGAGAAGGUGGCCAUGGAUCUCAAGGACCCCAACCGCCCCCGGUUCACCCUGCAGGAGCUGCGGGACGUGCUGCAUGAGAGGAACGAGCUCAAGUCCAAGGUGUUCUUGCUGCAGGAGGAGCUGGCUUACUACAAGAGUGAAGAAAUGGAAGAGGAAAAUCGAAUACCCCAGCCUGCACCCAUCGCCCACCCGAGGACAUCCCCCCAGCCAGAGUCAGGCAUCAAGCGACUUAAAGAAGGUCCUUUAAGUGACGGGUUUAGCUUCUUCUCCCGAGAUAAGAAGCGUCUGGCCAACACACAGAGAAACGUGCACAUCCAGGAGUCCUUUGGACAGUGGGCAAACAUGCACCGCGAUGACGGUUACACAGAGCAAGGACAGGAAGCCCUGCAGCACCUGUGAUCUUGACCCAGCUCCACCCUCCAGCCUGGACUGCCCACCACCGGCGCCUGCAGCCAAACUGCAGACCAGGGGUCGCUGCUGCCUCAAGCCUGUUGGUGCGAACGCACCCUGAAAACCGACCCCUCAAACAGACUGCUGAUUUGAGGAUGGACAUUGAAAAACUGAUGCCAAACUCUAAAAAAAAAGUUUAUUUAUACCCAGGGCUAUCACCGUUUAUAAUAGAUGACUGAUCCCUUAGGAUAUAUAUUUAAUAAUCCCACGAACUGAGGCCAGACUUUUGUGUUAACUUCAGUAACUCAAGUUUCCUUAAGCCAAAUACAUCACUUGCCACUA